GCCGUCUGUCCGGUCCGUCCUUCAGCAAACGAAGAAAGAAAAGACGUUACGACGACAGCCUGUCAGAAUGGCGAACGCGGGAAACGAAGUCGCCUUUAAAAAGGAAACCGUUGGCAAACUUUUGGCACGCUCUUUCAAGGAGGACAAAACCAAAGUCAGCAGUGACGCUGUCAUGCUCGUAGCGGAGAUGCUGAAAGUCUUUGUCGAAGAGGCGACCCGCAGAGCCGUGAAACAGGCCGACGGUGAGGACUGUGACACCGUUGAUGUUGAACACUUUGAGAAGAUCCUGCCACAACUGCUUCUUGACUUUUGAUUUAGCCGAGAAGCCAGCAGAUGGCGACGUAACCUAGUUCUGCUGAACACGAACCUCCUGGACUCCACUCUGAAAGCUUCAAUCUUUAGACGUUGUAUUAAAUUGUAUGAAAAUGUAUGACCGAUGUAUUAAAAAUUGCUAUUUCAA